AUGCCUCUUCACCGCCAAACUCACUCUGCUUCCUCCCUCUCCGAUACCAACUCAAGCGGCUCCACCCCAUCUCGCUCCAGCUCCUCCGAACGCUCAAGCCACCCAACCGUUCAACAACCACCCCGCACUCACCACCACCACCUCUCCGUCUCCGCACCCCCAAGCUUCGCCAACCGCACGCAGUCCGAUGGGCUCACAUCCGAAUCCUCUUCCCCAAGCUCCUCCACGCUCGUCUCCUCCGACGAAAAAGCGCCCUCCAACCCUUCCUUCGCCACAAAGACAGCAGCAGCCACCCUCUCUCCCGAGACGAAAAAGAUGGCGAAGAACCGCUCAUCCGCCCGCCAACACGACCAGCUCAAGGGAGAAAGAAGCUGUCUCGACCUCGACUGGAGUUACCGCAACGUCUACGCUUCGGCAUCGAGCCACGGACGACGCAAGGCGAUCGGUGGCGGGAGUGGGUCCGUGGGAACGUGCGCGCUGAUGUGA